AGUACGACUCAGUGUUCAAGAAAUACCCGGUCACUGCGCGUGCGAUGAGUAAAAUAAAAGUAAUCUGAAUGUACGAUGCGAUUCAGGUUAUUCCGCUAUGUUUGGCUCUUCCGGUUAAGUAAAGUGGCCGGUGAACUGCGGUUGUCAACGAUUCCCUCUUGCCGUUUGAGACCCAUAUUUCACACCGGUCUUCCAUUGCUCUUUGCACGGAAACUAACGAUGCAGUCGAGUCGAAAUGCGACCAGCAGUUCCGGAAAGGAGGUUCUGAGCAGAGCAGAGAAGCCAGGGCCGGAACUUUUUAGCAACAUCCCGACCGUCACAACAAAAGGUGAGGACCCUCCGGCGGAGAAGAAACGCGUAGGCAGAACGCUUCUCGUUAACGAGAGAAACUUGAGGACCCCAAGUCCCCUGUUUGGGGCCAACUGUGAUGAAGACUCAGAGGCAGAGUCUUUUCGGGAUGGGAGAACCGAGGAGGUCGACCGGGACACCAGGGGAAGGGCGUUUGCUUGGUGCCGAGACUUUCUGUCAGGGUCGUGGAAGAACAUCCCAGAGGGUGAUUUUCAAAUCAGCAUCGUCAGUGGUGGGCUGAGUAAUCUGCUGUACCUGUGUAGUUUGCCUGACCGUGUGCCCUCUGUGGGAGAGGAACCUCGCCAGGUGCUCCUUAGAGUCUACGGUGCCAUCUUACAGGGAGUGGACUCCUUGGUGUUGGAGAGCGUGAUGUUUGCUAUCCUGGCAGAACGAGCUCUGGGACCAAAACUUUACGGCAUCUUCCCUGCUGGACGCUUGGAACAGUACCUUCCGAAUACCCGCAUGCGCACAGAUCAGCUUUCAGAUUCGGCCAUAUCAGCUGAGAUUGCUGUUAAGUUAGCACAUUUUCAUGAAAUGAGCAUGCCCUUUAACAAAGAGCCUAAGUGGCUGUUUGGGACCAUUGACAAAUACAUGGAUCAAGUGAUGAAUCUUAAUUUUGUACGUGAAGCACAUGUGAAGAAGUACAAGAAGCUGAUAAAGUUGGACUUGCCUGCUGAGUUGGAGAGCCUCCGUGCGUUGCUGGCAGCAACUCCAUCACCAGUGGUGUUCUGCCACAAUGAUGUCCAGGAAGGUAACAUUUUGAUGCUGGAAGACAAGGACCACAACCUAACGGAUAGACUCAUGCUGAUCGACUUUGAGUACAGCAGUUACAAUUACAGGGGUUUUGACUUUGGGAACCAUUUCUGUGAGUGGGUAUAUGACUACACCUAUAACCAGUGGCCCUUCUACAAAGCCACACCUGAGAACUAUCCCACCAGAGAGCAACAGCUUCAUUUUAUCAGACGUUAUUUGGCAGAACAGAGAAGACACUCUGACAUGACCUUGGACCAGACACAGAUGGAAGAGGACAUGAUUAUUGAAGCUAACAGGUAUGCAUUAGCAUCCCAUUUCCUCUGGGGGCUGUGGUCCAUCAUUCAAGCAAAGAUAUCCAAGAUUGAGUUUGGAUACAUGGACUAUGCCCAGAGUCGGUUUGAUGCCUACUUCAAGCAAAAAAAGCUUUUCUCCUGAUUUCGACCAUUUUAAUCAGAAUGUAAUGUCUCUUUUUUUUCAACUAUGUGUUCUUGAAACUUCAAUCCUAUGCAGCUCUGCUUAUGACAAGCAGUGCAGGGUGUAAGAUAAACGUUUACAUUUGAACACAAUGCAGGCAAUCCUUUUUAUUAAAGGACUUUCCCUAUAGUGUGACAUUCUGUUAGAGCAGGUAUAGCUCUACAGCUUUGAAUGUUGGUAAUGUUUUUAUUGUUAAUCAUUGAAAGGCCAAGGUCAACCUGAUGGUUGGUUAUUAUAACAGACAAUGCUGGCUGCCAGGGAAUUCAUUUUGGACAUUAAAUCUUACUGUAAUCAUUUUGGUGUACAAAUAGUUUUGAGUACAGCAAGUUUUUUUAGUUUUUUUUUAACUGUUUAUCUCAUUGCUUGAGUGUUUGUAGUCAUUCUACCUCACUUAUUUCUUCCAAUGUUCAUUCUGCAUUAGCGUUAUUCUUUCAAGGUCCAGUAAGGUUUAACGUUAAGCAAAUCUUUCCACAAGGGCUAUAUAAUACAGCAUCGCUGUUGUCAACAAUCAUUUUAAUUUAACCGUUACAAUGGUAAAAGUAAAGAAUCAUAACUUAGAAAAUCUAAACAUUUGUCAUUUUUACCUAUUGUGUUCGGUAACUAAAAUGUCCAUUUGUUCACAUGUAUGCAACCACAGCAACCUGACCUGCUUAAAUUAGAUUCAACAAUAAUUACAAACUGUAUUAUAAUAGAGUCACAUCCCUUUGGCUUCUUUGGAUGUCAGUGGGGUUUUGGCCUUUUCUGGAAGCUUUUUUGUGGCUCUUAUUCAUUUCACUGUCUCCUGUAUAUGAUAGAAUGUACUGCCGUCAUAAUAGUCAUGUGUUUUACAUCUGUUUACUCAUGAAAAGAAAGUAGAAGCUUACCAGUUUGUCAAUAACUGCUUUUUUU